AUGUCAAAAUUAAACACCAAAAAACGGUCUGUAACUGUGGAAACAGUCAACAAAUGGAAGACGAGCCAACUGGCUGAAACUUUUCCAAAUUUAUGGCUCAAAGUCCACCAAAAAGACGGAGUCGUCCUCGAAUUUUGCUGCCACACAUGUCAGAUGUUUUUAUCGCGUAUAAAACAGAUGAAAGAAUUUCGUCGGGAUUUUAUAACUGGCUCUAAAAAUCAUAGAUUGAGCAGUCUGAAGGACCAAGCUUAUUCCUGUUGCCACAAGAUGUUUUAUGAACUUUUUUGUCGUCAAAAUGCCAAUAGUGGUGGUAAUGUAAAUACAGAUGAUCAAACAGAUUGUGAUCCAUCCAAUUUUGAUAGCACCAGUGCUAGUAUAUCAGGUUCUAGAACGUAUUCCGAUAAAAACCAACGAACUAUUGGAGAUUGUUUUUCUGGAUUAACUGAUAAAAUUAAAACCCAAAUGUGUAAAAAGAUGGAAAUAGCUUAUUUUGUCGGGAAGAAUGAACUACCAUUCACAAUGUAUGAAGCUAUUGUAGAAUUGGAAUCAAAACAUGGCGUGGAUCUUGGUGUGGCCUACACUAACAGGAAACAAUGCUCUGAAUUUGUAGAUCUUCAUGGAGAUCAUAUUCGUCAAAAUUUAAAAGCCAACUUGAAGAAAGCCAAGUUUAUAAGUAUACUUACUGGUUCAACAGACACCAGUGUCAAAGAAAAGAAGUUAUAUACGUAUAUUUUCUACCAGAGAAAGGUUGUGACAAAAUAG